GUGGUGAGGCUUGGAACCACUAAUCCCGUUGUACACUUAUCACCAUGGUUGAGACCCGUUCUGGGUUAAGCACUAGCCCCUACACUCAGGAGCAGCAAGAAAAGAUGGUCGCCUUAGUGAGGGAGAACAAAGAGAGGAAAGAGCUCCAGAAACAGGCGAAGCUAAAGGCAAUCGCCGAGGACCAAGCGGUGAAGAUGAAGGGAUUGGAGGAGGAGAUGGAGAAGAAGAAGAAGGCUGCUAAAGAAGAAGCAGCAGCGGAAGAAGCGAAAGAGAGGAUGCGUAUUGAGAGCAGAGAAGGGAGCAGUGGCACAAAGAGGGAUACAGACGCAGAGAUGGAGAAGAGGAUAAGUGAGUGGGUCACUAAUUUAUCGUUGGGAGAAGAUGAGGAGGCGGAGUCUUAUGUGACUCAGGAUGAGAGGGAUGCGCUAGCCAGUGAGCUAGCAACAAUGGAGGACGCUAUGGAACGGCGAGAAAGGGAGGAGGAGCAAAAGUUGGCAUGAAAAUUGAGAAUGAAGAGGGAAAGGAAGA